UCCAGUCCCUUGUACCCCUGUAUUUUGCUAUUUUAUGGUUUUAUGGGAGGCAUUAAUGUCUAAGAGUCGGGAGAAUAUAGGAAUUUAAUAACAGAUUGAGGAGAGACAAUAGAGAAAUAAGAUAGAGAGGUUGAUGAGGUGUUUUUGAGACCAUGAUUACCUUAACCAAAAAGUUGAAAUCCAGCAAAGGAGGAGGGAUACCAGAGCCUCCUAAGAAGAGGAUAUCCAUUAGAGAUCAACUGCUUGUUAAAGAGGUUAGUGAAAUGGAGAGCAACCUGCCAGAGGGAUGUACGGUGAAGUUUGAGGAUCCCAAUGCCCUCCACACCUUCCGCCUCAUUGUGGCCCCACCUGAGGGGUAUUGGGCUGGAGGCGUAUUCGUUUUUAGUAUCAAUGUACCUGAAGAUUAUAAUAUAGCUCCUCCUGUCGUGAGAUGUGAAACGAAACUGUGGCAUCCAAACAUCAGUGAAGAAGGGGAGAUCUGCCUGUCCCUCCUGAGGCAGAACUCCAUUGAUGGCCUUGGCUGGGCUCCCACACGGAGGUUAAAGGAUGUUGUGUGGGGUCUCAGUAGCCUUUUCCAGGAUCUGUUGAAUUUUGAUGAUCCUCUAAACAUCGAAGCUGCUGAACACUACCAGCGUGACAAGGACUCAUUUAGAUGGAAAGUUAGGGACUAUAUAGAAACGUAUACAAAACGAUGAAGCACACAGGGAUUUCUCUCGGCAUUAGCUUAAGUUUGUAAAUACUCUUCAACCUCUGUGCGCUUUUCCUUUCCUCUGGGGGAAAAAAAAUUGUUCUCUGAUUGACUAACAUUUUUUACCAUUAGCUGUUGUUAAGCUACAUGUACUACUAGUGCUUUAGAUUUUGAUAUCCACUGUAUUAUUUUUUUCUCUCUCUCCCUCUUCCUUUUUUUCCCCUCUCAUUUUGUGAUAGCCUUUUUUCUCUUAUUAUGCAAAGAAAGGUUUCGUGUUUCAAAUGGAAGUGUAGGAAGGGUUAUGUAGCUUCAAUUUUAAAUAAAACCCAUGGCAUUACCAAAUCAGUAACACCCCACCCCUACAUAGACACUCCCCAAACAAACAGAUUAGCAAAAAUAUAAAAAUAAGAUAAAAACAUGUUUCACAGUAAAUUUUGGAUUCAGUAGGUAGGUGUUCCAUUUUUCUCAUAUGAGUUUCAUUCUAAUGUUAUAAAAUUAAGAAUUCAUAUAAAAAACAAGAAAAGAAAGUGUAGAACUCUUCCAGAAGGGCAUCCUUUCACAUGGGAAAAAGGGGAUGGAACAACUAGGAUUUGGUGUUUUAUUUUGCAAUAUUGUUUAUUCAUAUGUAAGAACGGAAUUGAGUAAGUGUUAUAGUUUCUGUUAAGUGUUUCCCUUUCUAAACGGAGAAUAGCCACCAGUGUCAUGCUGCAGAAGUCAUCUUUUCUCUUCCUCAACUUUCGACACAAGAUAACAGGAAUCACAUAAGGGGUACAAGGGAAGUUAUGGACCCUAAAGGUAUCUUGAGCAAGAUCCAUGCUUAAAGCCAUUUCUCAAAAAGAAAAGAAAAGAGAAAAACAUUUUUGAAUAUUAUGAGUAUUCCCUCCUUGCCCCUGUCAUUCUAUGAAGAAUGUUGGCAAAUGGACCUGUAUUCUCUCUACCCCACGAUUCUCUCAGAAGCUGUUACUUCUUUUCCAGGAUAACUACUGGUAAUUACACCCAAGAAACUUUGCUGCUCUGAAGUCAGGCAUUAAAUUACAGUCACAUUUUUUCUCUCUCUUUUUCUCUUUCUUUCUUUGUCUUCUGUGCCACCUGUGUUGAGCCCUCUUGGAUUGCAGAUAUUUUAACAGCAUACAUGUUAGCUGUACCAAACCAUCUGGUGUUGGCAUGCACUCUCUGCUCAGAAUUGCCCCAUUAUAUAAUGCAACAACAUUCCAACUGGUCUAUGUAGGUGUGGAUCAUGCAACAAUAAUUGCUCAAUAAGCAAGUCUCCAUGACUCAUCUCUAAGAGAAUGUAAACCUGGUAUUUCAUGUUGAUGUCAAGUUAUUUAUAUGUAGAGGGCAUAGAAGGCCUGAGACCUAGGUAUCUUUUUAAGUUACACUGUAAGCAAUGGGCUGUAGCAGUUCUUCAGUGCUGGUUGUGAGAUCUAUUGGUCAGACUCAAACAACAGUUUUUAAGAUUUUAGAGUACAGUUCACACCAGUUGAUCUUGUGAAAAUGAAGUACUAGUAAAUGUACUUGUUGCAGGUCUUUCUAGUCAUGAGAUCUAACUUAGUAGAGAGACAUAUUCAAGCAUAUAGUUAAGAAAGUGUAAGGUAUAUUUGUGAUACUUGAAGAAAAGUAUAUAUAAAUAAAAAGGCCUUGAUUUUUGAUAGUUAGUACAUCACCCAAUAUUUUCUCCAAAGGAAAUGACUAAUUAGAUUAUUUAGAUUAUUAUAUAAUCGAUCAAGUUGGUAAGGUGAUAUGGAUGUCAUGUCGUAUAGCUCUAUCUCAACUAAUGCUUCAGAUUAUAGAAACAAUAGUGAGAAGAAUAAAAAAUUAAUACAACAAUAAUCUCAGAAUUAGGUAGGUAAUAAUGAUGCCUAAUGUGAAUGAGUAUCAUGAAAAUGACCCAACUUUCUUCCUUUUGUUAUUUCUAUACUCCUAUAGAUGCUGUCACCAAGUCAUCAGGAACCAGUUAAGUAUGAAUUACUACUGACCCUUCAUUUUUGAGUGUUGCAUCAAGACAUUUGAUUAUACAUGCAUUUGUGUUUUGCAAGUGCUUUUAAAUCUGUUUGAAUACAAAUAUCUUAUGUCAUGGAUGGUUGUUUGGACAGCAUAUCGAUGCAAACAAGGAGGAGUUCUACCUGGCAUGUUACACCACAUGAUUGUGAUAUUAUUAGUGUAUUAUAUUUAAGCUGUUCUCCAAACUCCUUUCAGAUUUUUUUUUUUAUUGGAUUCUCAUACUGUACAUGGUUUCUUAUAAUUUUCUGUUGAAAAAUUUGUUUGAGAAGUGGAAACAUGUACUUUGAUAGAUACAGAAAUGUAUGUAACAUUGUUUGAAUCGACUCUAAUAAUUAUCCUGUAACUUUUAAAUAAAAUUUAUUGAAAGGC